AUGGCCAAGCGGAAAAAUGUGGAAUACUGGGAAACAGUAGUGGUGCCUGAGCCUUGGAAGGGUAGAGAUAAAGAUGUCCCAAUUGCGGCCAAGACCGUUGACCCAAAUGUGAAUGGAUGCAAAGUGACCAAAGCGCUCGAGGAAUUUGCGAGCCUGGAUCGGUCUGAGGAGGAGGUAGACCCUCAGGAGGAUGAAGAUCUGGAGGAAACCUCCGCUGACUAUGAGGAGGAAGGAUAUGGAUGGAGGCGGCCCCCUGCAAAUAAUGAGUCAGCAGGGGUGGGUGUGGGCCCAUUGGCGCCACGGGAACCAUGCCCGCCCCCUGUGCUUCCAUCCUAUUCACAAGGGAGAGGGGGAUGCCAUUUUAUUAAAAGAGAUACAUGGGCACGUCUAGCGUCUGCAUUUCCAGUUUUUGAAGACCUGCAGACUAAUGAGAGACAUUAUGAGCCUGUAUCUUAUAAACAGUUAAAGGAUUUAGUGGAAGCAGUUCGAACCUAUGGAGUUACAGCUAAUUAUACCAUAGCCUUGCUGCGUAGAAUCGCCACCAUGGCCAUGACUCCUACAGAUUGGUUUGAGACUGCUAAGGCUUGCCUAAGUAUGGGACAAUUUUUGGAUUUUAAAUCCAUUGUUACAGAUAAAGCUCAUGUCCAAGCUAGGGUGAAUGCCCAGAAUAAUCGUCCCCAAUGGACAGCGGAUAUGCUUUUGGGGCAAGGGCAAUGGGCUGCCGACCAGCUAGGAUAUCCUCAGGAGGUGUACCAACAGAUUAAUGAUAUCUGCUAUAGGGCAUGGAAGUCCUUGAAUAAUAAAGGAGAAGUCAAAGGCCACCUAACAAAGAUUAUUCAGGGGCCAAAUGAACCCUUCUCUGAUUUUGUGGCUAGGAUGCUUGAUAUGGCUGGAAAGAUUGUUGGGGAUGUGGAUCAGGUGAUGCCGUUGGUACAGCAGAUUGUUUUUGAACAGAGUACUAAGGAAUGUCAGGGGGCCAUUACUCCUGUUAGAGAGAAGGGAAUUGAGGCUUGGCUAAAAGCCUGCCGAGAGGUUGGAGGGCCCCUUACCAAUGCAGGCUUAGCGGCUGCUGUUUUAUCUGCUACUCAGGCCGCAAAGACAAGGAAAGGAGGAGGAUGUUUCAAGUGUGGACAACAAGGACAUUUUAGGAGACAAUGCCCGUUACUGAAAGGGCUGUCUUCUCCGGCUCAGACUCCUAAUGUGAGGCAACCUGGCAUUUGCCCAAGAUGUAAGAACGGAAAGCAUUGGGCCAAUGAAUGCCGGUCCUUUAAGGACAUCAAUGGACAGCCCAUUAUGCAGCUCGGUGGCCAGGAGUCAAAAAACGGAUUGAGGGGCCCCCGUCCCCAGGGCCCGAAAAUUUAUGGGGCACUGCAGCAGACCACCAUUCCCAACCCGACUGUAUCCGCCGAGCAACCUCAGGCUCAGCAGGGUUGGACCUCCGUGCCUCCACCGGACUGGUGUUAA